AAAAUCUUCCACGUGUGCAUCCCUCAGUCCCAGUCGCAAGUGUUUCUAUUGGGAGCCCUGCAUGAAAACGUCUGAUCGCAACGCAGCUUGGCAGUGCUUUACCUCUCUUCUACCCCCUGCCUUUAAUUUCCUUGAUUCCUCACCCCAAAGUCUCAUCAUUUCCCAUUUCGUCUCCCUCCCCUUCCUGGCUGUCGGAUGCAGGGACCUCCUCAUUUGAGCUGCAGGUUUUUACGUGGGCGAAUCACAAAGUGUUGGAAUCUAUUGCCUUUGUCUGACAAGUCAUCCAUCUCUAUGCAAGGGGAUCUGUAGGAUGGAGGUAGGAGGGGGGUGAUCUGUGGGACUGCAGCUUUUAGAAACAGACACACAAGGAGAGGGGUUUCAUUCUCAGCCCAAAGCUUCGCUCAGGCACAGCCCAUUCCGGAGGAGAGGGGGACACACUGCUCUGUGCUCCGCCGUGUCCAUGUUGUUGUCAUCUCCGCCCCUAUCUGAUUAAACCACAGAGCCCGCCGCUCCACCAAGCCGUCCACAGGAGAGGGGAUUUUUUUUUUCCUCCGGCCGCAGAUUGCAGAUCGGACCUGUGGAGAAUCAGCAGAUCUUUUGUUUUUGUCCUCACGAUGUCCGUUAAACACAAACAGUGACCCGGUUUGAGCCAAUGUUGCUGCGACUGGUGCGCUCUGCACACGCGUGGGUCAUGCUCUGCACCUGACAGCUCCUUCUGCUGACUUUUGAGUUCAGACUUGAAACAGGAGGAAAACUUAGCAUCGCCCCAAGAAGUUGUUGACUGCUGCAGCCUGCGGACUCUUCCACACGGACUGUUUUACACCAACAUAUAAAUCCUUGUUGUUGUUUUUUUUACUCCUUUAAAGCUGCAUCACCGAGGCGAAACGGCGACUUCAGUCGAUUACCUUUCUUUCCUUUGCUAUCCAAUGGAUAUUCACUGCAAAGCAGACCCCUUCUCAGCGAUGCACCGGCACGGCGGUGUGAACCAGCUCGGCGGGGUGUUUGUGAACGGCAGACCCCUCCCGGACGUGGUGAGGCAGCGGAUCGUGGAGCUGGCCCACCAGGGCGUCCGGCCCUGCGACAUCUCCAGACAGCUACGGGUCAGUCACGGCUGUGUCAGCAAAAUCCUCGGCAGGUACUAUGAAACCGGCAGUAUUAAACCCGGAGUCAUUGGUGGCUCCAAACCAAAGGUCGCAACUCCGAAAGUGGUGGAUAAAAUUGCAGAUUAUAAGCGCCAGAAUCCAACCAUGUUCGCUUGGGAGAUAAGGGACCGACUACUGGCUGAGGGCGUCUGCGACAACGACACGGUUCCCAGCGUUUCAUCCAUCAACAGGAUUAUCCGCACCAAAGUCCAGCAGCAAUUCCACCCGUCCCCUGAUGGAUCUGUUACGCCGCUUUCCACGCCCGGCCAUACCAUAGUGCCCAGCACAGCCUCCCCUCCUGUGACCAGUGCCUCGAACGAUCCCGUAGGAUCCUACUCCAUCAACGGCAUUCUGGGUAUUCCCCGCUCCAAUGGCGAGAAGAGGAAACGAGACGAUGUUCUCUGGAGUGGCAACCACUUGGAUGGAAGGAAAAUAGGACAUUAUGGCUCUGAUGGUUCAGGCCCGGGCAGCGACUCUCAAGGCAGCGUGGAAAGUUUAAGGAAGCACCUGCGAGCAGAUGCCUUCACCCAGCAGCAGCUGGAGGCCCUGGACCGCGUGUUUGAAAGGCCUUCCUACCCCGAUGUCUUCCCCACUUCAGAACACAUUAAACCCGAACAGGCGAAUGAGUACACUCUACCAUCCCUGAAUGCUGGCCUGGAAGAUGUAAAGCCGAGCCUUUCCACCAGCGCCAGCUCCGACCUCGCCUCCAGUGUCUCCCAGAGUUACUCUGUUGUGACAGGUCGAGACAUGGCCAGCACCACCUUACCUGGCUACCCGCCUCGUCCCCCCACAGGACAAGGCAGCUACCCCACCUCCACCCUCGCUGGAAUGGUUCCUGGAGGGGACUUUUCCGGAAACCCUUACUCUCAUCCACAAUACACAACUUACAACGAAGCUUGGCGGUUCAGCAAUCCAGCAUUAUUAAUGCCGCAUCCCGUGGCUCCGCACCUCCCACUGCUGCCACUGCCUAUGACCGCCACUAGUUACCCUGGAGACCAGCUCAAACUGCAGGGCCAGAGCCUCGGCCUCCAUAUUGUCCCUGUCUGAGAAACACUGAGGUCGAAGGGAAGCGAGGUGGAAUCCUAAACGAAAGCCCGUCAUCUUGUGGAGGAAGAAUGGGCGAGGUCGACGCCGGUGCACCCAGCUUCAGCGUUACACUCUUUGGAUCAAAAAAAAGGGGCCCACGGGCAUUGGGGAGCUCACCUAUCAUGCCCUCACUCUCUCACAGGCCUGAACAUUUCCAGAAUGACUUUAAGAGAUUAUAUAAAUAUAUAUAUUAUAAAAUAUAAAUUGAAGAAAAACAGUGUGAAGAAUACCAUGUGGAAAAAAAAUGUUGUGGGUUUUUAAUUUUUGUUUCUUUGUUGCUGUUGUUGUUGUUGUUAUUUUAUUCAUGGAUCCUCACAUUCCUUUAUGUAACGAACUGCAGUAUUUUUUUCUGCUCUGAAGAGAGAAGUCCAGGGGAGUUUGACGAUGGUCCCAUGGCUGGAUAAUGUAGCGACUUGAACCAGUGUUGUGGGGCCCCUCUGAUACUUAAUGAGAUCCCGGCUACACACUGUAAGAACAGGCUUUACUCCGGUGCUUUGACUACGUCUUUUGCUCCCAUUUCACCUAAAUUAUCAGAUGAACACAGCAUGCCCUGCGACAUCCACUGACCCUAUAGACCAAUGGCAACAUCACGCUCCCUGUGGCAAACAAUCAGAUGUAAAAAUGUAAAUCAUUUUGCAAGGCAUUAAAAAUUUGGCGGCCGUGAACUCAAAAUGGUCCUGCCAUAAUUUUAAAUACUUUAAAUUAUUUUUUAUGUCACAAUUAUUUAAAGUCUUAUCAAAGACUUUUCUGAAUCUCUGUCACAUUUCUCUCAUUUUCCAGUCAUGCCCAUGUCCGUGCAUGGUGUCGUCAUUUGCUCUUUUUUGCACUAUAACCUCAUUUUAUUUUACUCUUUUUUUUUUAAUUGAAUUUGGUACAUUCGCUUAUAAUUAAGUUUAAUUAACCAGUUUCAAAGCAUACAUUGACAAUAUUUAUGUUGUAUUGGUAUACAAAAUACACAAAGAAAACAAACAUCUGUUUCUGUGUGAACAUCUUUUUCCAGAGUAAAAGUGAUGCUUCCGAGUUUCUGAAGACGUUUGCAAGUCAUAGCUCUUUGGCUACACGAACAAAUCCUUCCAGUUCAACUAUAUUUCAUCCAGCUACUUAGUCAUACCACUAGAUGCCUACACACUUUAGAAAGCUGUAUGCAGUUGUGCAAGCCAACUGCAAACUCGCUUCAACAAUUGCCUUACAAACCUGUUUUUUCAACCUAAAUUCAUGCCUGUUCAAUGAAAUUAAUUGCCUUUAAAAACACAUAUUCACCACCCUCCAUUAUGUUCCACUCUCCAUAGGGGCUGAAAGGAAAUACUGUUUCAUUUUGCGUUUUGGAAAAUAUGUUGUGAAUGUACUCCUACAUUUGCCAAAGACUUAGUUUGAUAUUUAAUAUUUUAUUUACAGUAUAUGUAUGCAUAAUUAAAGCAGUAUUAUCGUUUAAAUAAGUCAACACUGAACAUGUAUGUCAUGGCUUUUCAACAGGUGAACAACAUGAUGCAUAUGACUGUAAUGGAAAAGGUGAAAUUCAGUGACUCAAUACUCCAACAACUGCAACUCAAUGCUGCUUUAUAGAAUGAUUUGUGAAUAAUGUGAAGACAAUUCUUCUCUGUAAAUAUAAUGUCACACACACACACAUACACACACACAAAUACACACACCAUCGCAGUAUCAUACUAAUGUACUGGCUCCCUUUGUAGAUAUACAGACUGAAAAAAACCCACAUGCAUUACAUUUGUGUCUUAAUGUAAUGUUGUGCUCUAAGGAAAGGCACAACUGCUGUAUAACCUAUGGCUACGUCAAUAGCAGGUUUCAGAUGCUAACAUCACAUAAGUUGUCUUUGUCAUUUUACUUUAUUUUCAUGAUAUCGUCAUGAUGAUGUUUUAUGUCACUAUGCAAUGAGUUUAAUGGCUUUCUGUAUCAUCUUUUGUUGUCGGGCUCAGAAUAAGUAAUCCCCAUGGAGAACAGCAUAAAAAGUACAAAAGACCUCCAGUGUGAAAUGACUAUUCUCUGGUUUCACUUUUGCUCCCCCCCAAAUGAAGAUGCGAUCAAACUGAAGUCCUUGGCAAUCGAAGAUAUCGUCCUGAUUGCUGUUUAUAGAUGUUGUGGUCAUUAUGUUAAUCCAAAUUACAGUGACCUGUGCCUCCAUGUAUAGAAACACAUCCAUACUUAUUCCCAGUCACCCAUCUCUCCUCCCUCCACUCUCCACUGCUACCAGUACAACUAUUUAGCAUAAGGCAUUCAAGAUUUCUUUACUACUACACAAGCUAACGUAUCAUCUGUUACCGGGGUUAACUGUCAUUGUUGAGGGCACCAGAGAACAGAGAAACAGACUGCGGUCCUGCUCUUCAGGAGAAGCUAUCCUCUAUAAAUUGCACUUGGGAUUUGCCUAUUUCUGUCAACGUGCAGCUCGACAUAUCUGAAAAUGAAACACUGGCGCAGAGUGCGAGCCACCGUCAUUCAAGCGACGUCUUUGCUGUAGGAAGUGGAGCACCUCUGCAGGAAUGGGUCUUCUGCUGUUGUAAAGAUGAUACAGGAGAUGUGUCAUGGACAUUAAAAGGAUUUCUGAUGAAAAUCUAUGUGGAAAGCCUUGUGGCCUCAAUCAUUGUUCUGUUUCAGUUUCUGUUCCAAUUCUUUUUGUGCACAUGAGAAAUAAAUUCUUUUAUAUGUCUGUCGUUGA